AUGUUCGGUCUGAAACAGUUGUCGCUUUUGAGCUUGAUGCUUCUUUCGGUGUCGGCAGCGAAAGACUCCAAACGAACUACUGUGGGCAUUGAGACAGCUGACAAGAGCCGGGGUAUCGACGUACCAUUGGAUGAUUGCCAUCCCAUCGAGGAAGAGGACGUACUCACUGUAUCUCUGAAAAAGCCAUGCCGUCUCUUCACUGGCCCUGAAUGCACUGGCCACAACACAUUCCUCAGCCCUGGUGCUCACUCAUCCAAAGACCCAAUUCCCGUUAUCGAGUCGAUAUUUUGCCAGUCAGCAUUUUGA